UGGUAGGGAUAUGCUGUAUUCAGGAGCAAGGGACUCAAAACACAUAGUUCUAGAGCAGUUUGAAUUUUCUCUCUGUCUUCAGGGACACCGAGGGGAGUGUGCUACCAUGGAUACUGCUGAGAAAGUGAUUGGAUUGACAGCUUUGUCUCUUGCUCCUGCCCUAACCUUGAGGAGUCUGAGUUUUCUUGUCAGGCCUCAGUUUUCAUGUACACUCCUGACAGUUCUAUUGUCAGCAGGCUUCAACAGUGUGGAAGCGGUGAGCGUUCUGUGAGGUGCAGCUACUGACACCUACUCACCUUUGUAGCUUUGCAUGGACAAAGAAAAACUCCUUUUUUUUUCCUCCCAGGAUGGGUACAGAUCGAAGUGAGGAGCUGAUCAUCUGUUUAUGGAGUCCAAUCAAAUACACAUCAGUUCCAAUGGCAGCAGUUAGAACUGAGGAAGCUGGGUACAGCACAAUAACUGCUUUCUGAAGUUGCGAAACCUUGGCCAACUCGGUGUCCGUACUCUGUUUUAACACUCUGCAGCCAUGAAAAUUCACGGUGAUUCAUGGCAGGGGACGUGGAAGGGUUUAGCUCCUCCAUCCAUGACACCAGUGUCUCUGCUGGAUUCAGAGCACUGUAUGAGGAGGGAUUGCUUCUUGAUGUCACACUUGUCAUUGAAGACCACCAAUUUCAGGCCCAUAAAGCACUGCUUGCCACCCAGAGUGAUUACUUCAGGAUUAUGUUCACAGCUGACAUGCGGGAACGAGAUCAGGACAAAAUCCAUUUGAAAGGUCUGACAGCUACAGGCUUCAGUCAUGUUCUCCAAUUCAUGUAUUAUGGAACUAUUGAACUGAGUAUGAACACUGUUCACGAAAUCCUUCAGGCUGCCAUGUACGUCCAGCUUAUAGAGGUGGUAAAAUUUUGCUGCUCUUUUCUCUUAGCUAAAAUCUGCCUAGAAAACUGUGCAGAAAUUAUGAGACUUCUGGAUGAUUUUGGUGUAAACAUCGAAGGAGUCAGGGAAAAAUUGGACUCUUUCCUGCUAGAGAAUUUUGUGCCGCUCAUGUCCAGACCUGACUUCCUUUCAUAUCUGAGCUUUGAAAAGCUCAUGUCUUACUUGGAUAAUGAUCAUCUGAGCAGGUUUCCAGAGAUAGAGCUGUAUGAAGCUGUCCAGGCCUGGCUGCGCCAUGAUAGAAGACGCUGGAGGCAUACAGACACCAUCAUUCAGAACAUCAGGUUUUGUUUGAUGACACCAUCCAGUGUUUUUGAGAAGGUAAAAACAUCAGAGUUUUACCGAUACUCCCGGCAGCUGCGACAUGAGGUUGACCAAGCCAUGAAUUACUUUCAUAGCGUUCACCAGCAGCCUUUGAUGGAAAUGAAAUCGAACAAAAUUCGUUCUGCCAAACCCCAGACUGCCGUGUUUAGAGGAAUGAUAGGACACAGUAUGGUAAACAGUAAAAUUCUUCUCUUGCACAAACCGAGGGUCUGGUGGGAACUAGAGGGUCCUCAAGUACCUUUACGACCAGACUGCCUUGCCAUUGUGAAUAACUUUGUGUUCCUGUUAGGUGGGGAAGAACUGGGGCCAGAUGGUGAGUUUCAUGCUUCAUCCAAAGUGUUUAGAUAUGACCCAAGACAAAACACUUGGUUACGAAUGGCAGACAUGUCUGUCCCGCGUUCUGAGUUUGCUGUUGGAGUUAUUGGGAGGUACGUUUAUGCAGUGGCUGGGAGAACCAGGGAUGAAACCUUUUAUUCAACUGAACGGUAUGAUAUUACUGAAGAUAAAUGGGAAUUUGUAGAUCCCUAUCCAGUCAAUAAAUAUGGACAUGAAGGAACUGUGCUGGGUAACAAGUUGUAUAUCACUGGUGGAAUUACAUCAUCUUCAACUUCUAAGCAAGUGUGUGUAUUUGAUCCCAGUAAAGAAGGGACAGUAGAGCAGCGAACAAGGAGAACUCAAGUGGUCACUAACUGUUGGGAGAACAAAUGCAAAAUGAAUUAUGCAAGAUGCUUUCACAAAAUGAUUUCUUACAAUGGUAAGCUUUAUGUCUUUGGAGGGGUCUGUGUGAUCCUCAGGGCUUCCUUUGAAUCUCAAGGCUGUCCAUCUACAGAGGUUUAUGACCCUGAUACUGAUCAGUGGACUAUAUUGGCUUCUAUGCCAAUUGGUAGGAGUGGUCACGGUGUAGCUGUUCUGGACAAACAGAUAAUGGUUCUUGGAGGCCUCUGUUACAAUGGUCAUUACAGUGACUCAAUUCUCACCUUUGAUCCAGAGGAAAACAAGUGGAAAGAAGAUGAAUACCCAAGGAUGCCCUGCAAGCUGGAUGGCUUACAGGUCUGCAGCUUGCACUUCCCUGAAUAUGUUUUGGAACAUGUUAGACGUUGCAGCUGAAACAGAAUAAACACUCUCAGUGAAAGAUGAAAAGCUGAAUCUUAUUUGUCAGAAAAAAAGUAGAUCAUUCUGAAAGUAAUGCCUCCUAUUUAUUUCCAUGGAAACUACGACAUAUACAAAGAGCACAGUAACAUUACUUGAUUGAGCAAGUUCUUGGCUGCAAAACACUAUUUUUCACCAUAGUCACCACCAUGGGCUAUGCAUUCUCGACUGUAACGAACAAGAGCCUGCAUGCUGUGCUUGUGAAAACCUGCACCAGUGGAGUUGACCCAUUGUUCUACGGCUGCUGUGAUGGCAUAGUUCAUGGGAAAAUGUUGUCCAUGCAGUCUGUCUUUCAUCGGCUCCAACAAAUGGAAUUCAGAAGGCCCCAAAUCCAGGUAAUACGAUGGAUGCGGUGGAACAGUCCAGCCUAGAUUGGCAGUGUGAUCCAUGGUCUUCAAACUAGUAUGGGGCAUGGAGUUACUGUGUUACAGGAGAAAGGCUGCCGUCUUUUUUGGUUUGUGUCAUGUCCCGCCUGUCAGCUAGUUGUCAUGGCAACAGCUUUGCACUGCGAGUGUUUGAGACAUACCAAGCACACCCCAAAAAGUCAUAAAGUAUUUUUUGUUGAUCUUUUACAGCCUGACUCUGGAUUGAGCCUUCAGCUUAAUCAGCGUUACGAUGGAGCGGUCAGAGUUGAUGGUUUAUCUGGGUUCCAGUAAAUCCAGAAGGAUCGCCGCUUUCCUCUCCCAAAAGACUGUGCACGUAUUUUACCUGCUGAGGGCUGCAUCCUGAACUUUUUGUGAGGAAUUCAUGCUCAGUGGACUACUGUUUCGACACUGGCUCAAAAUUUUGACAGCAAAUCUCAUCAUCAGUAAUGCGAUCCAGAAAACCGUCACUUUCAGCCUUGCGCUGGAUUCCUGGUCAUAACUCGCUGAUUCACGCAGAUAGUCUGAUUGAGACACUCUUCAUUUCAUGAUGUGACAGCUGUGUACAGCCAUCUGGAACAUAGCUUGUCUUUCACAUCACUUACCACUGCUGAAAUGCACCACCCACUGCCUCACUGUGCUCACAUCUACUGUUGAUCUCCAGAAACGUUCAGCAUGUGUCAGUGAAUGUCAGUGGGUGCAAUUGUUUCCUGUUUUAUUGGAGGAAUUCCAGUCACAUACACUUCACACCCACUUCCUCAGACUGCCCAUCUGCUGUCAUCUGUCACACAACGACAAAAUGUAAUGGACUAUUGGAGGGAAAGUUCAACUUCUAUGCCUGUGCCACCGCCAUCUGCCUCCAACAUUGUGGGCCAAUAUAAUACAAUAGGAGGCAUUACUUUUGGAGUAGCUAAUAUACAAUCUAGUUGAAUUCCUUCAGAGACAUUAGCAUGUUGUGUGUAAGGACGACUGCUAAAUGUUUAAGAGAAACAGGAUUUACAGGGAGAAUACUUACCAAGUUUAUUAGAAAAGCCAAUAGUUGGUCUGAUACUGGAAAAGUUGUGGGAUUUUUCUUUGUUUUGUUUUAACAAAUGCAGUUGUAAACAGGGGAAAGAAAAUAUAUAUUUUUGGGUGUGCUUAUUCUUUUGAUAGCAUUUCAUGUCCAUACUGGUUUGAUUUUUUUGUUUUUUGUUUUCCUGUGGCCACGGUACCAGAUUUCUUCUGAAAUGAAUUGAAUUGAACAAAACAUUUGUGGAAGGAAGAAAGGCCUGAUUCUCUUUUUUAUUGAGCAUCAAAGUAGAACUCAAGCUGUAGUAGGAUACAACUAAGUUUAAAAGAACAAAGCUAAAACCGUUUUUGUGUUUUAUGUUGUGUUUGGAUGCUCUUUCCGUUAAUUGCAAAGUAUUCUCACAUCUGCAAGGUGUUUCUGUUUUCCCUUAAAUACUGUUAAGUAUAAGCUCAAUCUCUUUGCAUGUGUUUUUUUUCCAAGUUUUGUAUAUUAGUACUAGUAAGUCUGCCAAAAUAUGAAUUACACAUUUUCUACUGAAUUGAAAAAACUUCAACUUUUUAAAAAUAUUAUUAUUUAAAACACUAUUUCUGUGCUGCCUUCUGUUGUCUGCAUUAUGUUUGUUGGUAAGUAAAGUAUGUACAUGCGUAUACACUGUAAAAAAAGAAAAAAACUUUUUACAUGCAGCUAUAUUUAAACCAGUGCACAAAUUCAGCCAUAUCUGUUAAAUUUAAGGUAGUUUUAUCCAUUAAUGAGCUAAAUAAGUCAAAGUUCUUAAGUAACUGGAAGCCUCAUUUGGUAUCAAAGUAUCUUUAGCAUAUACUGAUUGAUUCAGUAACUUUAAAAUCCUUACACUGAUUUUACGUAAUGAACUCUUAAUAAUUUGUUGUUUUAUAAAUUAUUUUAAAAAACUAAAUACAUCUUACCUGAGUUUGUUUUAUGUGUGAAUGUGCUACCAGUCUUGUUUUUUAUGAAAAUGUCAGUAAGCAAAUGCUCACCAGCACUGCUUUGACCCACAGAUAUUUUCAGAACUGGAUGUACUAUAGUAUAUUCUGAGCAGUGGCUUUGCUUGUACUCCUAUAGAAGUGAUAAAUCUUUAUUAAUAGUAGGGUUUUUUUUUAUUAUUUGCUGCUGUGAACCCCUGUGUUUUGAGUUAGGUGUUUGGAUGGCUACUACCAUUUGUGUUUCUACAAAAAAAAUAACAACCUUCAUAGCUGUAGCUACUGACCUCAUAGUGCCUGAAAUGAAAUGUGCUGUUCCUGAGGGCUUUUAAUAACUCCAUUGUGUUAACUUGCAGAUAUCGGUAAGAAUGAUUUGCCAAGGUAUAAAUAAUGACAAUUCAAUUCUUACUUUCUUUAAUGUUGUAAAAACAAUCACUAAUAAAAUCCGAAGGAGAAAUGUGAGUAACUCAAAGGCUUACACUUAAUUCAGGAGUGUAGGGAGAAAAUGCUGAAACAUGCAUUUGCAUCUUCUGUAAAGUCUUAUGCUACUUUGCUUUUCUUUAAGCAGUAGACUUAAUAGACAACAGUGCAAAUCGACUUUAUUCAGCAUCUUCCAGUUAAAAAUCACUGUAGAAGAGGAAUGUACAGUACUCAGGGAGUUCAGAAGAAUGCACUUGCAGAGGGACCAAAAUCACUGCAAAAUGUCCUGUGUUAAAAAUAACACCUUCUUACCUAAACUAAAUUUUAAAUCAUCAACAGAAUUUAAAACGUGUACAACUCCUCAUCUAUAUAAUUCAUGAUAUCUUUGUAGUAAUUAUGUUCUGGGUUGAGACGUGAUAAUCUAAAUCAGAUCAGUAGAUCUCUUUUUCUUAAAAAUUAUUUAUUGAGCGUUUUCUUUCUAUGAGUUUUAACAGGAAGAUAACUUACGCCAUCAUAGCUGUAUUAAUGUUAUCUAUGCCGGUAGUUACUGGACCAAAUAUUGAUUUUCAGCCUUCUGAUGCAGACUAAGGGUUGCUUUUAAAUUUAAGUCUUUCCUGAGCGAGAAAUAUAAUUUACUUUCCUAGUGGUCUAACUUAAAGCCAACUUCAUUUACACUAAAACCUCAGUUCUACUGUGAGACUUGUGUGAACAUUGCCCUUUGUGGGUGCAGAGAUGACCUGAUUCCAGUAGGUGCUGGCUAUGUGCAAGUAAAAAGGCUCUUCUGUACCUAUCUCAAAGAAUAUUAGGGCACAAAAAAACCCACCCUUUUUCUUUAUUAUUCUUACAUUAAUAAAUGUAUGGGGCAGCAAAAAUCUUAUCCUGCUUGAGUAAGCUUCAAGGGGACUUAAUAAUACAUAGCUCACUCCAAAAGUAAUGCCUCCAAUUUAUAUUCAUGGAAACUACAACAUGUACAAGGAGCACAAUAACACUUUGAUAGAGCAAAUUCUGAGCUACAAAACUACUAUUCACCACAGUCACCACCAUUAGCUAUGCAUUCUCGACAGUAAUGAACAAGAGCAUGCAUGCCACGAUUGUAAAUAUUUAUAGCAGUGGAGGUGACCCACUGUUCCCCAGCAUUGAAAAUGUUGCCUAUGCAGUCCAUCUUUCUUCAGCUUGAACAAUUGAAAUCAGAAGGCCCCAAAUCCAGGCUACAUGGUGGGUGUGGUAGGACAGUCCAGCCAAGAUUGGCAGUGUGAUCCAUGGUCUUCAAACAGGUAUGGGGCCUGGCGUUAUCGUGUAACAGGAGAAAGGUUGUCUUCUUCUCUGGCCUGACUCUGGAAGUUGGAGUUGGAGUCAUAAUGUAUGGGUCAGAGUUGAUGGUUUGUCCAGAUUCCAGGAAAUCCAGACAGAUCACCUUUCCUAUCCCAAAAGGCAUUACUGUACUUGCUGAGUGCUGUGUCUUGUCUUUUUCUUUGAUAGAAAAUUCACAUCUUACUGCUCCAAGGACUGCAUUUUUGACUCAGUCUCUAAGUGAUGACACCACAUCUCAUCACUGGUAAUGGUGCAGUUGAGGAAACUGUCACCUUCGGCCUUAGUAGGUCCUGACAAACUUUCAUACAGUGUUCUUUGUGUUCCCGUGUGAGCGUUUCUGGCACUCAGCACAAACUUCGUGAUAUUUCAACGUUAUUUCUGACACAUUGAAGUAUAUACUUAUUCUAUACAGUUUCCUGAUUAUAAUCCGCUGAUUCACGUGGAUGAAUUUCGUAGUGUGACAUCUGUGUGUAGCCAUGUGGAAUGUGGCUUAUCUUCUGUGUCAUUGUCAUCACUGCUAAAAUGCACCACCUACCACUUCACUGCGCUCACAUCCACUGUUGAUCUCCAGAAACGUUCUGCAAGUGUUGUACAUCAGUGGGUGCCAUUUUUUCCACAUGGAGGAAUUCAAUUCCACACCAUUAUUUCACCUGCACUUCCAUGUCAGACACCAUUGUGUCAGGCUGCCCCUAUGCAGCUAUCUGUAACAAAAGGGAAUAUAAUAUGGGUGGGAAGGUUCAGCAUCUACUGCCAUACCACCAACAUCCACUGCUGAUGUAGGCCAACAUAAUAAAACAGGAGGCAUUACUUUUGGAGCAGCCCUUGUAGCAUAUGGUAUUUUACUACAAGGGCUUGUCUGGGAAAUGGAUGUGGUUCUGGAAAUCUGGUUUUCCACAAUUCAAGUGUAGUAAAUGGAUGUUACUUAAGACUUAAUUAGAAGUCCUGGUAAUGAUGGAGGUGUUUCAAGUUAUGUUUCAGGUCUGUAUUUAAGCAACUUCUGAGUUUUGUGGGCAAAGCAGCUGCUAUGAAGGCUUUGGUGUGUAUUGACACUUCAAGCAUUAAGAACCAGGUCAUUGUUAGGUGCUCUGCUUUUAAGUUCCUGUUCAACUCCAGCUGUCCAAUUCUGAAAGAUACUGUUCAGGAUUGUGAAAUUUUAGCUUGAAUUGUUGGUUAGAGCCUCCAUGCAGUCUUGUCUUCAAGAAGCUGUCUGUAACCUUUUGAGCUUUAGAAAUGAUUGGAAUUUGCUUGGGUUUAUAAAACCAGGGUAUGUGAGAAUGUUUUGUUAAUUCACAUUUCUACAUGUUUUAUUGUUUCAAGCAUAAAUUUGAGGCUUGUGUUCUCUUUUCCACUGCA